AUGCUUUCAGGACUGGGCACGUGGGAACGAAUGCCGCUCUGGCCGUUGCCGCUCCGAUUCACCGAAUUCAAGCUGCCCAUCCAGAUCAUGAUCAGUCAUGGCAUUCAUUUGUCGCCGGUGCGCGACGGAAUGAUCUUCUCGAAUUUGGGCUUCACGCACUAUUAUCGCGUCAACUACGACAUUGACACGUGGCGAGACAUCAAGCAGAUUCUCGUCGAGAAUGCCACGUCGUACACGCCGCGCGAGCGCUUUCAGCUCGUCGCCGAUUUUUGCUAUUUCUACUCGAUAAGUUCGUCGAUUUUUCUCGGGGGGUUUUGAAGAGAAACUUGGAGAAAAGUCGGUUGUGCGCCUCCUGAGAUACUUUUGAAAACGGCGAAACGAAUUCAAAUUUCAGAAUCUCUCCCGGAGCCGGCGGCUUCAGUGCUCCGCAACGAGUUUGUGCAGCUCGUCCGUCUCCGUCCCGCCUCGUUUCCGAUCUGCGACGCUGCCGUCUUCCAGUGCGUCGUGACGCACGAGCACACGCGCGCGAAACGUCUCGACAAAAGUUCGAUGAUUCAGCUGCGGCGGCGGGUCUUCGAAUCGUUCUCCAACUCGUCGGAGAUGGAAUGCCGAGCGGGUGCGGCUCAUGAUGCUCUCAAUGAUCUUUGUACAAAACUCUAUGGUAUCUCGUGCUUGUGA